AUGGCAAAUGCAUUAGCAAAUGAUGCUUUGAUAUAAUAAGAAAUUGAUUAAUAAGUAAUUUAAAAUCCAAAGCUAUCAUUUGCUUAAAAGAAGUUAUUAAGAAAAUCAAUUCUAAAAGCUAGUGUAGCAAAUGCUCCUAAGAAUAGUUCAUUUUAAACAAUAUUAAGUGUUAGCAACACAAUGGUUGGAUCAUCAUUAUUAGUAAUACCAGUAUUAUUUUAAUAAUCUGGAAUUUUGAGUGCAUUAAUAGUUGCAUUAAUAUUUGGUUUAAUAUCAUGUAAGACUUGUUCACUAUUGAUGGUUCAUAAUAAACUUGA